UUUACAAGAGCACGUAGACAUUUGAACACCUCGAAGACUAUACUACGACACAGUACUGACUGGUUUCAAAAUUUUUGUCCACUAUGCGGCAUCUUCUCUUGUCACUGUCCCUUGUGGCGGCCGCCUGGUGCGCUUUUGUUCCGGCGAAUAAAUUGACUAAAACAACGACCACCUCGCCAGGGUGCUACUACUAUGGGCACUUCUACCAGCUGGGAGAGGUUGUAGUUUCUGAGACAGGCUGCUGGGGGCGCACCUACACAUGCGAGGCGAACGGCAUCAUGGGCCACGGUAUCCCCGGGGAAGACUGUUGCACCCAUGAAGGCGAGUAUCAUGAUGACGGUGAGAUUUUCUUCGACAGCGCUGGACAAGUCUGUCACUGUUUCGGUAACUCCACAGCGUCUCCUGUACCCACAUUUUGUCAAUCUCUCAGUGAGUUCAUGAUGUCUGGGUGAGAGGAGAACACACGCUGCUGAUUGGUCCAGCGGACUGAUGACGUCACCAGCGGGUUCCAUCGAUCCAACAUGGCGUCACAACAUGCUGAAACAUCGCCCAGUGUCACUCA